UUUUCCUCCCCCCUUUUCUUUCUCUGCUCUGGGCUGUGCUUUUGCAGAGAGUUCGCUGUCCCUCCCCCGCCCCGCGCCGCCGGGCUCCGGCCGAGCAUGGAGAAGUACGGGGAGGACAUGGCACUGAAGGCUACCAAGUUCAUGGAGGACCUGUCCCUCUACGAGCCCUGCCCGGAGGGUCCGUACGGCCGGGGCGGCCGCCGGGACCUGGCGCUGCACCCCGACCUGGAGGAGACCAAGCGGGUCAUCGCCGCCCACAUGACGGCGGAGCAGCGGGGCCGGAAGAUGAACGGCACCGCCGCGCCGCCGCCUGCCGAAGCCUUCCCCGCCGCCGCCCCCUGCGGCAAAGCCUAUCCGCCCGCGGCGCCGACCGCCCCGCUCCGCGCCGCCAACGGCCGCGCCGCCGAGCCGCCGCCUCCGGCCGCGGGGCCGCCGUGCUGCGAGGAGGGGCUGUGCACCCGCUCCGAGGUGGCGCUGCCCUGCUACAGCGGCUUCGCCGACAAGGGCAAGCGCUACUCGGCCGAGGGCUACCGCUACGCCGCGGGCAGCGCCUACGAGGGCGGCUACGUGGCCAAGGGCGGCGGGCGGGCGCCCGGCGGCCCGGACGGCAAGUACGGCGCCGCCAGCCCGCGGGCCAGCCUGGCCGCCUCCUCGCCGGGCCCCGUCGCCGAGCACGGCAAGUUCUCCAGCCCGCGCUCCAGCCUGGGCGGCGCGGCCGCGCUGCCCUACGAGAAGUUCUCCAGCCCCCGCUCCAGCCUGGUGGUGCCCGGCCAGGAGAAGUACGGCAGCCCCCGCGCCAGCCUGGUGCAGUACGACGGCGCCGCCCUCAGCCCCCGCUCCAGCUACGCCAGCACGGCCAGCGACACCAGCAAGCACUCCAGCCCCCGCGCCAGCCUCACCAGCUACGACGGCGGCGGCAGCAAGCCCAGCAGCAACCGCACCAGCGGCAUCAGCAUGGGCUACGACCAGCGCCACGCCAGCCCCCGCUCCAGCACCGCCAGCCAGUACUCCUGCACCACCAGCCCCCGCUCCAGCUACUCGGACUCCAGGUACGGCCCGCCGGGCAGCGCCGAGCCGGAGGGGGCGGGCGGCGCCGGGCUCGCCCUGGCCAGCCCCCGCUCCAGCCUCUGCGGCCCCGAGGGCCGCGGCGCGGCGGGCGCCGCCGUGGUCAGCCCCCGCUCCAGCAUCUCCAGCCAGAGCUCGCGGAGCUCCCGCGGCUCCAUGAGCGCCUACCCCGAGCUGCAGCUGCCCUCGCCCCGCUCCUCCCUUCUGGGGCCCGGCCUGCAGGAGGACGGCGCCGUGCCCGAGCUGGGGGACGUCUACCACAAGAUCCAUGCCCAGUCCCCGCCGCGGCACGACCAGCAGCAGCAGCACCCGGCCGCCGCCCCCGAGGCGGCGCCCCCCUACGCCUACAGCCCGACCAAAGGCUCUGCUUCGGCCCCCAAAUUCAAGCUCCCCUACCAGGUGACGCCGUGCCGGGAGAGCGGCCCCAGCCAGGCGGAGAGGCGGCUGGAGGCGCUGACGCUGGAGCUGGAGAAGGAGCUGGAGAUGCACAUGAAGAAGGAGUACUUCGGUAUUUGUAUAAAAUGUGGAAAAGGUGUGUAUGGAGCGAGCCAGGCUUGCCAAGCAAUGGGUAACCUCUAUCAUACCAACUGCUUCACGUGCUGCUCUUGUGGGAGAAGACUACGAGGAAAAGCAUUCUACAAUGUCAAUGGCAAGGUGUACUGUGAAGAAGACUUCCUAUAUUCAGGUUUUCAGCAAACAGCGGACAAGUGCUUUGUUUGUGGACACCUCAUAAUGGAAAUGAUCUUACAGGCCCUUGGAAAGUCAUACCAUCCCGGCUGCUUCCGCUGCGUGGUGUGUAACGAAUGUUUGGAUGGAGUCCCCUUUACUGUUGAUGUGGAGAACAAUAUUUACUGUGUCAAAGACUACCAUACGGUUUUUGCACCAAAAUGCGCUUCCUGUAACCAGCCGAUCCUACCAGCACAGGGCUCCGAGGAGACCAUUCGGGUUGUGUCAAUGGACAAAGACUACCAUGUGGAGUGCUAUCACUGCGAGGAUUGUGGCUUGCAGCUCAAUGAUGAGGAAGGCCAUCGUUGUUACCCAUUAGAGGGCCACUUGCUCUGCCAUGGCUGUCACAUCAGGCGCCUUAAUAUUAAACUGCCAUCACAUCCACCUCCAAGCUAUCCAAUGCAUGUCACAGAACUCUGAAAGACAUUUCUAAUACCAAUAAGCCGUUUGAAAGAGAAGACAAAAAUCUAAAAAUGACUUUCCUGUUCCUUUAAAGAUAACCAUCUAAACCAGCUAUUUAUUUUUUAAAUCAGAGGUGAGGGGUCCUUUUCUGAUCUUGUACAUCUGCGUUCUUUUAUCUAGACAUUUUCACUGAGACACUGUCUACUUGAACAAAUAAUUCACCACUAAACUGUAACUGUAAAUGGCAGCAUUUCUAAAAACAAUGGUACAAAGGGCUGUUCUGCACUCCCUACUCACUUUCCUUCAGUGGAGAUUUUGCCCAAGUAAGGAGUGUAGAAUUACUUCCCAAAAGUUAGCACCUUAUCAUAUUGCAGCAAGCAUGAUAAGAUAAAUGCUAGCAUUUUAGCUAGUUUUGUUGAAUUCUGGUCUUAGAGAAUACAGUCUCACAUUUUUUAAAACUUAGAUUCCCAGAAGUAGUGAAUAGGAAGCAAACAAGUGGUUUUGGCAAUGGCAGUUUUCAGCAUGGGUUAAAUAAUGGCAUUCUGUGAAGAAGCAUCAGCCUGGCUUUCCAUCCUCCAAGGUUCCACAGUCAUCCAAAGACUAUUUAGCUUGUUAAAGAAAUAUGGUAAGCAUCUCGCACAACAACCACAUUACAGAGAAAUAUAUCGAAAAGAUUGGCACAUGCAGGGUCAUAACUUGAAGAAAGUUACAGGCCUCUGUAAUCACUUGCUGUGUACAAAUGUAGCCACAGUUUCAAAAUGCAUUCAUAUCAACUUGAUGAUUUGGCACUUACUAAAGAAUUCAUCUUUUAAACCUGUUUUUUGUUUAAUAGGGUUAGCAGCCCCUUUCUAUGCAAAGGUACACUUGUCUUUAUACUACUUGUUUUAUACAAGACUUCAUUUGUUACCAACUGCUUUAUGAUUGUAUGUUGAUACAUUAUUAAAAAAAAGAGGGGGACAGUGGUUUUUGUAUUAUCUUUUCAGCUUCGUGUUCUUUUCUAGAUGUACUUUUGAACUGAUUACAGUGAUUGUCUUCAUUGGAAAACAAAGUACAGUUUGGCAGAAAUAAUAAUUUAGAGAUUCAGCAGACCAUUUUAACAUUGGUAUUUUAUAACAAGUAUUAGAUGUACAUAGAAUGUACACACUUUCAUAUUUUGCAUAAGCUUUUACAGUAACCUCAGAGCUCUGGGGAAAUAUAUGUCUUCCAUAUAGGAAGUUAGAUGAAUCUUUUAUAUGGUUUGUUUUCUACCAUGUGUUGAUGAUUUACAUGCAAAUCACACAUCUGUAUGUUUAAAAAAUUCCUUGCAUUCUCCUGAGAAUUGAUCCAGCCUUCCUGAAUUUGUAUUUUAAAUAAAUCCAUCAUUGCUGUCUUUAACUGUAUCCAAAUUCACAACAAAAUAAAACUUUCUUGCUCCAGAGGAAGUGCAAAUACCAGACCAGAUUCUCUGCAUGUGUAAACUGGGACGUUUCCGUGCCAGUUCUCAACACAUCUAGAAUCUGACCGAUCCAUUCAGAAAUGAUCCCAUGUUAAAUUCAGCACGCAGACUGACAAAAUGACUUAUUUGGCAACACCAUUGCAGUUUAGUUUCUUAUGCUCCAUUGAUUUUUUGAAAGCUGUUUGUGGUGCUCUUGAAAAGUACAAAGAGCAUCCAAUGGACACUAAUUCCUAAGUGGAAUAAUUAACUCCCUUAACAGAACUUUUUGAUAGUCUGGAAUUUCCUUAUGGGGGGAGGAGGGGGGCCAGGAAAAAUUCUUGUGAACUGUUUUUUUUUCUGUUAAUAAGGAACAAAAGGUAUGUUUCCUGAACUUUUGCCAAACUUCCAUUGGCCUAGAUUAACCUGUCCUACUGAAUGCUCCUUGGCAAGUCAGAUGCUGCUUUAAAAAGUCAUUUUCUAAUUAAUAUGUGUCAGUUUGUAUUUAAUGUGAUAGCCAUGUUUUGAAGGAAUUGGAGUGCAACCAACUAGUGCCCUGUUUCUACAGUGUGACCUCAGAGGCCUGGCAUGCAAAAGAGAGGACAUUGGGUGCACGCACAGUUUUUCUGCAUUUGCAAACAUCACCUCUGUGUCCAUAGUCACCAGCCCAGCCUCAGAAGGAAGUGGAAGUACAUGUGCCUCUCGCCCAAACAGCAAAUGCUGGAAAAGGGAAAAAGAAUUGUCUUAAAUUGGAUUGUAUGACUAGGCCGAUUCCUUAAGGUUCUUACAAACAUGGAAGAUAGAUAGCAGAGCUUCAGGAUAAACUUUUAGCAUCAGCUGCAAUGUAAUACUUUUUCCAUUUAAGGAAGCUGCUUUAGAUCACAUUUAGCUUUGAGGCAUUUUUACUUGCUUGUCUUUAUAUAUUAAGGAACCCAAAUCAGGAAAACAAUCAUUAAAAUACACAGAGAAGGUUUGGGUCUGUUCCUGUGAGCAGGUCAUCCCAUAACAGUACUCGCUGUACUGGAAAAUGCUUUGCUCUACCACUAUAGAAGCAAAACCUUCAAAAUCACAGUGGGCAGAGAUGGAGAUGACUUUGGCAUUCGGCCCAGUCUUCUGCCAGUACCUUCCUUAGCACUUUGCCUCCUUCAGUGGCAAGUUGUAAGUUUCCACUCCCAACAUACUUUUCAAGGGACAGCAUACUAACAUGUACAUACCAUAUCUUUUCUUCUUUUUUCAAAAACAAUCAUACUGUAGAAAAAAAAUAUUUAAUGUCAUUUCACAUUUCACAUGUUAACUUGUCAGUCUCCUGUAGUUCUACUCAGUGCCAACGUGUUAAGUAUCAUCAUGGUAAAAGUAUCAAAAGGUAAUAUUUCAAUAUAGAAUAAGCAAUUUGUUUAAAACCAGAAAGCAGCAGUUGUUGUUCCAGUAUUUUCUAUAGACAGGUGCAUUCCAUUACUGUAUAAUGAAGUACAGCUUUGUUUUUCCAGCAUUUAGUAUAAAAACUGGAGCUUGAGUGAAAUUUGCCAGGUUUGGGGUUUUUUUUUUUUCCAAAGAGAAAAAUAAAAUCAAAUCUAAAAUAAUGAUGUGCUGUACUCUUUAGUGCUAGUGACAGUUUCUGCACAUUUUUACUUCCUGUCUGGGGAAUUACGUAAAUGAGAAAGCUUCUUUUAAUGAUUUUUCUUAAGGAGUAUUCUUAUGUUAAAUCAGUUCCAACACAGAUGUAAACUUUCUAGAAUUCAUUUUAUGAUGUGAUUGUUCUUCAGAAGCUUUUGCUGUACUUUCAGAAUAUUUCCAUAAAGUCAAAACAAUAACAACUUGUUCUUAUUUGCAUCAGGACUACACCUUUCCAUUUUGGUAAGGAAUCUUACAAAGUCCCUACAGCACAAAGCUGUUGCAGGUGAUUCAGAGUCCCUCAUGCACUGAAGGACAUGUUCCAAAGAAACGACCAAAAUAAUAAUCUGAAAACAAAACAAAAAUAAAAGAAUGCACUCAGUAAUUGAGCUUUCAAAGAGGAUUUGUUUGGGUUUCUUUCCUUUUCCUUUCACUUGUGUGCACGUGUGUGUGUGUGUAUAUUUUGUAAGGUGGAGCUUCAAAAGGAAAACAUGGUUAGAGGAGCUCUUUAAGACCAGAAAUUCCAGAGUAGUUAAGUAAACCAAAGCUCUAAAGGAGACAAAAGCUGCUUUCUUGUGUUUCAAGAAAAGUUUAAAAGUUUGUGAUUCAUCCUGUAACUAAUGCCGUAACUAGAGUAUAUAAUUUGACUUAAAUUAAGUUUUCAUUUGAGAAAUAUUUUCAUUUUCUUUAAAAGAAUAUAGUUUUCUUCCAAGAACUUGGACCAACGUUGAUUUUUAUUUUGUAGGAAAUAUAUAAAUUCCCAGUUUGUAUAUCAUGUAACUAGUUUACAUGCUGAAAAUAUACAUUAGUUUAACUAUUUUUGUGUAUAUAUCCUUGUAAAACCUUUCAAUGUGCUUCUGUCUUUUAGUCCUCAGAAUUACUUGUGGUUUUGUGUUUCAGUGUUUGAUUCCCUUGAUUGUUGAAGAAAAAAAAUUGGGAAAUGUAGAUUUAUUUAUCUAAAGAAGAAGCUACUUGCUAUCAUCCUAAGUUAUUUAAUAUUAAAGUCAGAAGUUGCAUUUAACCUUAGAUGCUAUAAUCUGCUUUUUUCAAUAAAGACAUUUUGUAGUUA